AUGGCCGAUGAGACGGAAAACAUUGGGAAGAGCAGUGAGGCAAUAAUUGCGGAUCUUCUAAAUGAUGUAAAAUCAUCUGAGCAGGUGCGCUUUGACGAUCAUUCAAAUAAAAUCUCGAAAAAAUUGAAUUUCAGCCAUUUUCUGUCGAUAAACUUGCUGGUUGUGAUGAAACGGGAGUGGUGGAGAAGAGAAAGAAAAAACAUCACAAGAGUCGCAGUCACAAGUCGAAAAAGAGUAAAAGGGAUCGGAAAAGAAGUAGAACGUAUUCAAACAGUUCGGUGGAAAGAAGCAGGAGUCGUGAGAGGAAGAGAAGCAGAAAAGGACGAGACAGAAGCCGGAAUCUGAUCAGAACUUGGAGUCGGAGCAGAAGCCCCUCGAAAAAGAGAGUCGAGAAGAAGAAAAACACUCCGACAAAGCCAGAUUCCCAGCAAAAAGAGUAAGUGACAGGUAAAAUGGCUGAAAACGUCAGUAAAUUACUAGGUCAACCAAGCCGAAUCCCAAAAAAGAAGAAGAAGACGUAAAAUCAAUUCCCGAUUCUGAGUUCAAAGAGUUUCGGCCAAAAAGGGAAGAAGAAACUCUGCCAGAGGGAGCCAUUUUCCCGACGGAUUUUGUAAAAAAGGAGGCGAAAAUGGAAAUUAGUAUCACAACAGUUUUGCCAGAACCCGAGAAAAGAAUCGAAGUCGAAGACGGAGAAAUUGCGGAUAUUGCUUAUGCGAUAGAAGCGCGCGACGAUCGGAGCGAAACGGAAAAUAAGGUAGGUCAAAAAGAGUAGGAGAAUGUAGAUCAUAUGAUUUUUCAGGAAGAAAAGAAGAAAGAAUCAGAGAACGGCAAGAAAGAAAACCGGAAAAAGAAAGAGAAGAACGACGAGGAAUCGCCAAAGAAGAAGAAAAAGGAAAAAUCAGACAAAAAACGAAAAACGAGCACGUCGAGCGCAAAAAAAGAAAGUCGAUCCAUCCGUCGUCGCUCCCGAUCUAAAAAUCUGCGAAGAAGUCGUUCUCCUGUUCAUCGUCGCAGUUCUCCGGUUCCAGUCCGCGAAAAAGGCGAGAGCCGACUAAUCAGAAGGAGCAUUUCGAGAGGUCGUCGAGGCAGAAGCAGGGAGCGAGAAUCGAAACGGAGGAAUGCGGCAACAGAACGAAGAGCGUACGAUGAGUACCGAAGGAAAAGAUCGCGGAGCCGUGAGGCCAUCGACAAGGAGAAACUGUUGGCGAUUGCAAAAACGAAACAUGCAGAAAUGAUGUCGAAUGGGGACAGAAACAAUGCAUCGAUCGAGGCUUUCGUUAGUAAGUAUUUCGGAGGGAUCCAACUGAAAAAGAAACGUUCUGUGUUCAGCGUACUGCAAGAAACUACAGAGGAAACAGGAACGAGAGAAGAAAAGGGAGGCAGGCCAGGCAGUGAGUGAUCAUGAAAGCGACGGAGAAACCGUUCAAUACAAGCAUCCGUACGCAAUUCCCAAAGAGCCCAUCCGAAUCAACAUUGUCGUGAGUGUUCCUUUAUUCCAGACACCAUUACACACAGUGUAUCCUCUCUCCAGACCGCUGCAUCGGCAAGUAUGGCUCAGAAAGCGAUUUGUGCCGCCGAAGAACCGACCCAACUCAAUUCUUCUCAACUGCGUAUUGUGUUCCCAGUAUCCUCGGGAGCUGUGCACAAAGAGAACGCCGAGUGGGUUCCUGUCGAGAAGAAUGAUGUUCCCAAGAGUUGUUCCGUUGAGCAGAAGAAACACGUUGCUCUCACAAGUUUGGAAAUCGAUCGGUGCAGAGCACAAGGAAUCGUGAGCAAUCGGCUAGUUUCUUCUCCUUCUUAGCUUACCAUAUUUCAGCCAAUUGCCCCUGUCCCCAUUCCCAAGUUCCUUGACUCAAUCCUUCCACCGCCGCCCGCUCCUCCCAAGUUCCUUCCCAACUUUUCAGAUCGUAAGUUUCUUUUCAGUUUCCAAACACGGCCCAACUGUUCGGUUCCAGCAUAUCGACCGCCCACCCCGCCUUCUUUACCGUCUGUUUUAUACGUUCCACAGAAGGACAAGAUGAUUAUAAAAGAGCCGAAGGAGAUUCUUAUUCCUGCUCCGAGUGACAUCGGACUGGUGCUAAAGCAGCGGACGGAGGCUCAGAAGAAACUGUAUUCGACCCCGAAUGACUUCGAGGCGCAUCGGGCUCUACGAGAAGCCAAUGAAAAAGUAAUCGAUUAGGGUGAUUUUUCCGACCUUACAGAAGGGUUUCAGAUCGAAUCGUGGGCUGCAUUGAAGAGUCUUCCUGGAGAAUACACGGGAACCACAGGGCUGAAGUUGUUGACUGCAGAUGAAUUACAGCCGCACAAUCCGAAGUACCACGCCUGGGUCAGAAGAGUAAGUCGCUUGCUCCGUCGGUCCCUUUGCAUCUAGUUACACUGGCUCCAGUUGGCACAUUCUGCUGAUUUUCGGGAAAAAGCGGAAAUCCUCCAUGUUGUCUGGAGGUGUUCCGCUUCUUUCCGAACCUUUUUCGAUCAUGCAGAAUGUGCCGACUGUCUAUGACUCCGUCCGCCGUUUCCCCGUUCUCCUCGAUCGUCCUGCUCCUUGGAUUCAUCACAAUUGCUGCCUCCUUGCCGUCUCCUAGCACUUUCUUUUCGUAAGUCGUUCUCAAAUUCGAUUUCUUUUCUUCAUUCUGGAGAGAAGAAGUCUAGUUUGCGACGACAUCUGUUCCCUUUAUUAAUUUAAAUUUCCUGUUUCAGAUACCCUUCUGUUCCUUUCCAAGUAUAACAUUUUUGUUUCCAGGAUCAGUUCAAGAACGCAGCUCCGGCUACAGGUGGAAUAGGAAAGCUCAUGAUGGAAAGAAUGGGCUGGCGACCUGGAGAAGGCCUCGGAAAGGAUGCGACUGGAGCAGUUGAGCCACUCGUUUUGGACGUGAAAAAUGAUCGGAAAGGAUUGAUGGCCGAAGAGGAAAUGACCAUCAAACAGAGGCAUAAACUGAAUGCUCAGAACAAUGUUCCCGUCGACUUAUCAAGUACGCUUUGUUGUUUUUUUUUCAAAUUCCCAACAUUUUCUUUCAGCCAAGAAUCCGAUCUCUUUGCUGAUGGAACUAUGCGCAAAACGGCGAUGGAGUGCUCCGGCGUUCUCGUGCGAAGAAUCUGGUGCGGAUCACAUGAAGGUGUUCGUGUGGACCGUCGUCAUUAAUAACGUCGAAUAUCGACCGAUGUGCGGAUCCAAGCAGAAGAAGGAAGGGAAGGCAGUGGCUGCACAGGUGGCUCUGCAGUCAUUGGGAGUGCUACCACGGGACCCCGAUCUCGCAGUUAUCAUGAACUGA